AUUAAUUUAUUGAUUUGUAUUUGUAGAUGGCACAAAGAUUAACCUUCCGACGUCGUUUGUCUUACAACACAAAAUCAAAUCGUCGAAGAGUUUCUAAAACUCCAGGUGGGAAACUUGUUUUCUUGUACACAAAGAAACUUGGUAGCAUCCCAAAAUGCGGAGACUGUAAAAGAAAACUCUGUGGUAUCACCGCAGCCCGCCCUCUUCAAUUGAUGUCCAUGUCAAAGCGCCACAAGACCGUCACACGUGCAUAUGGAGGGUCCAGAUGUCACAAGUGUGUCAGAGAAAGGAUAAUCAGAGCCUUCUUGAUUGAAGAACAGAAAAUUGUGGUGCGUGUACUGAAGGCCCAAGAAGCAUCAAAGAAAUAACUGUGAAAUGUGAAAAUAAAAAAAAAGACAUUAAAAA